AUGGUCAACAGAAGCGUCUCUCAACCUGUGCCGUCUAUUGAAGCCUUAGGCUCACGUUUACGACUCCGCGGAUACCAACAAGUCAUUACCAUUCCAAAAGCCUUUGUGCCGAUUGUCACCUUCUAUGACCCGUCCUCAGGGACUCAUUGCGAUAUCAGCAUCAACCAACCGCUAGGAGUCCAUAACUCCCGGCUCAUCAAAACCUACAGUGAUAUCGAUGACCGGUUUAAAACCCUGGCUGUCGCGGUGCGACAGUUGGCCAAAAACAAAGGGAUCUUGGACGGCAAGCAAGGGUUCUUAUCCUCGUACGCGCUCGUCUUAAUGGUCAUCACUUUCUUGCAGGACGUGACCGAACCUCCCAUUCUCCCAGCGCUGCAACCAAAGGCCGUUUCUGAUACAGGGCAAACUCGAAAGAUUGUGGAUGGACAUGAUUGCACGUUUGACGACAACGUGGCCAACUACUUGAACUUUGGCAAGGACAAUAAGAAGUCCACAGGCGAACUUCUCGUCGACUUUUGUCGCUACUUUGGUCACCAGUUUCUUUACUCAGAGCAAGAGGUCAACCCUCGCAUGGGAAAAAUCCGGGCGCGACCGGCCAUCGACAGACACUUCACCAGAGCCGGGUUAUUUAGGCAGCCUGGCGAGCAUUUUGUCUGCAUCAUGGAUCCUUUUAUCGUCAGCCGCAACGUUGCCCGCAACUGUCGAGGCUUAAAAGCUGGCAUUGUCCAGGCCACUUUCAAGGAGGCGCACACGGCCCUUCAGGCCGGCAAUAUCCUCAGUGUCCUCGGUCAGUAA